CACCUCGCCCAGUCUGGAACCCUCCUCCAAGGGACUGCUCAAUGGACCAGGCCAGAACAACUGUUUCCUCAACUGUGCCGUACAGGUAUGUCUUGCAUCUUUUUUAUGUGAAACUCUUCCCUAUAAAGUCGUGAAACUGGUAAGGUCUAUUCUUCCAAUCUGAACUUGUCAAGAAGAACUUUUUUCCGGGCUAGUAAAUAUAUUUCGUAAAUAUAGUUCGCUGUUAGGCUUAGUUAGGCUUCUAAUGUCAGGAGAAAAAUGUCAGAGUUUGUAGAGCCUGACGAAUCCAGCUAAUCUCAGCUGUAGAGCAGCCACGCCUUGGGGGCGUGAGUGCCCUUGCCGAGGAUGAAGUUUGGCAAGACUUUCGAGUCGCACCUAACGCUCGAGUGGCGCCAGCAGUACAUGCGAUACGGGGAUCUCAAGGCGCUGAUCAAGCAGGGCGUCGAGGACGCCCCCUCGCCGCUGACCUCCUCGGACUACGAGAUUCAGGCCUACUACCGGGCCUUCGAGGAGACCUUCCUCGCCGAGUGCCAAACGGAGCUGACCGGGGUGAACAACUUCUUCCUGGAGAAGCUGCUCGAGGCCCGUCGCAAGCACGGCCACCUGAAGCUGCAGCUCUUGGCCUACUCCCAGGCACCAGGACACACGGGCAGCGAGGCCUCGAUACUCACUACCACCUCCGAGCGCACGAAAUCCCCGAGAAUUCGCAGGGGGAAGACGAUGACCACCCGUCAGCUGAGAAACGCCUACGCCGAGUUCUACCUCAGCCUGGUGCUCCUCCAGAACUAUCAGUCGCUGAACGAAACGGGUUUCCGGAAGAUCUGCAAGAAGUAUGACAAGAAUCUGCGCUCCGAGGCGGCAGGCAGAUGGUUCGAGGAGAACGUGGUGGACGCACCCUUCACGGAUGGCUGGCAACUGCAGCGAAUGACCGCCGAGGUGGAGGACCUGUACACGGCCCACUUGGCGGGCGGCGAUCGGUCGCUGGCCAUGGAGAAGCUCAGGGUGCCGCCCCUGGGAGAACCCACUCCGCCGGCGAUGGUCUUCCGGGCGGGGAUCGCCCUGGGAAUGCUGCUCAUGCUGCUCCUGGCCACUGCGAUAAGUUACUGGAGACGACCUCCGUCGGGAGAGACCGUGCCGGGUGUGAUGCGCCUGUACCGCGGACCCUUCACCUGGGUGAUCUUCAACUUCUACAUGGCCGCCAACGUGGCCGGAUGGCAGCGGGCGGGCGUGAACCAUGUCCUGAUCUUCGAGAUCGAUCCGCGCAGCCAUCUGCAGCCGGCCACGUUCCUGGAAAUCGCCAGCACCUUCGGCAUCCUGUGGGCGCUUUCGAUGCUGGGAUUCCUGCACCACGACUCCCUGGGCAUCUCGGACCCCUUUGUCUUUCCGCUGGCCCUCAUCCUGAUCAUGGUGGGGCUGCUGGUGGUGCCGCUGCCCAUUAUGAACUGGCCGGCCAGGUGGUGGACCAUCAGGCUGGUGGGCCGCGUGAUCACGGCUCCGCUGCACUACGUGGGCUUCGCCGACUUCUGGAUGGGCGACCAGCUGAACUCCCUGGUGACCUGCCUCGUGGACUACUACUUCACGGUGAGAUUCUACGUGAUGUGCUGGAUGCGGUGCGAGCUCGUGAACUGCUGCUUCAAUCCGGACUUCAUGGUGCCCAUUGCGAUGUGUCUGCCCGGCUGGUUUCGGUUCGCCCAGUGCCUGCGGAGAUUCCGGGACAGUGGCUCCAAGUCGGUGAGCUAUCUGAUCAACGCCGGCAAGUACGCCACCUCGUUCCUAGUGGUCCUGUUCUCCACGCUGCGCAGCAAUUCGGAGGGUGGGUAUGAGGACACGUUCAGCAAUCCGUACACCUGGCUGUUCCUCGCCAGCUGCGUGGUGGCCACCGUCUACUGCUACCUGUGGGACGUGAUCAGGGACUUCGGACUCUUCGUCAACAUGCGCGGCGAGCACAUCUUCCUCCGGAAGCAGCUGGUCUAUCCGCAGGCCUUCUACUACUUCGUGAUUGUCGAGAACCUGCUGCUGCGCCUCUUCUGGGCCGUCGAGUUCGCCAUCCUGUACCACAACCUAAUGACGCCCUACAACAUGAAGACCAUCAGCAGCAUCCUGGAGAUCACUAGACGCUUCAUUUGGAAUUAUGUGCGCCUGGAGAACGAGCACUUGUUCAACUGCGGCAAGUUCCGGGCCACUCGGGAAAUCCACUUGGCGGCCCUGAAUCCUCGCCAGGAGCGAAUGCUGGAGGACAUGAUGGACGAGUCGGACGGCGUGUCCAAUCGCCGCAAGUCGAAGGACCGCACUCGCCUGGGGAAGGAGUACUUCUAGAGGCAGCUGCCUGCGAUCCGUGCUCCCCCGAUCCCCUCGCCAAUGGCCCGUCGUCGUCGUUAAUUAAUUCAUUUGUGCAAAAAUACAAGUCGGAUGAAGAGCCAGCGGCAGAGCGCCUGGAGAAAGGGAGCACGCGGAGCACGCGCCAAACCGGUUGACCAGCUGCACCCAAAAGUGGCGACUCCCCCGGACUCCCUUCUGAAUACACUCAUGUGUGUAUAUAUAAAUCGCCCGGUCAGGUAACAAUUGUCGGUGCUGGAGGAGAGCGGCGAGGUGGGAUCCUCGUGGCGAGCCGCCGAUCACGGAUCACCAUCGCCAACGAACAAACUGUUUGACAAUCGACAAUCUCUUAAUUGACUCGCAUUUGCGAUCUCCGAUUGGCCCCGUAAUUAGCCAAGCUGGGAAGAUAAUGGAUUAAGGAGAAAGAACCCGCCGAUCACCCAUGAUAAUCCGGAGAAAGGCAUUCUAAGAGCAUAAAUGUUUGGUUGCAUAUUUUUUACAUAAUGCUUUGUAUAUAACAAAUGGAUUAACGAUUCUUCAAUUAAGGUGUAACCAUCUGGUUAGUUUUCAAUACGCACUGUUCAACAGUCACAAAGUUAUCUGAGAUCUUUAAUAAUUAACGAUUGGUUGAGUUCCUAAAAAAUCCGUUUUAUGUUCCUAUUGUACAAAACCCCGGGAGAUCGAAUCUGUAGGGAUUGAGGACUUAUUUCUAAUGUUUCAAUGACUUAAGGGGGGGGUAAGGUCAAAUCGUGCAAAAAAAGCCAUGUUUUUGUGAUUUUUUUCCUGACGACACAGUUAAAAUUUAUUUUUUCAACCAACGGUAUAUUAAAGUAUGACAUUAGAAGAAUGUUUUAUCAAAUUUUUACAAAAAAAUAUUAAAAAAUAUGGCAAUGGUAGCAAUUGUCCGGACGUGUCGCCAAAAAAAGUUGAAUUGCGGUGCCCCUCAUAACUCGGUGCUGGAUCAUCUCAAAUCAAAAAAUGAAACUUCAUUCGUUAGAUAAUAGUUCGCCCCAGGUAACGCUGUAAAGCUUUUUUGAAAAUUGCAAUUUUUUAAUUUUUUCGAAGACUUUGAAGUGAAAAACACAA